CGCUAACCUUGAUGCAGCAGAUGUAGCCCUGCGCCUACGCCUGGCUGUUUGCUAGUGUCUUACACGACGCUAGCACUCAGGACCGGCCCACUUCACAAAAAGACCGCAAUCGUCCGCUACCGUCACGUCACAGGCCGCGUUGGGAGCCGCAUAGAUCCCUCCGUGAGUUUGGGCUUGAGCACGCCAUCGCUGCGAGCUUACACAUCGACCAAUCGACCACAAGCUGUGCUGCUCAUAAAAUCGCAAGGUACGCCCCCAGCGCCGCAAUAAAACAAAGAAAAGAAAAAGAACGCCCCCCGUCACGAACCGCCCGCUCGCCAAUUGUCGCGGCGCGGGAGACGCCGGGCGAAGAGCACGGACACGCCCGUUCGUUUCGAGCGCUCGAUUCGCGACAGGAAAGCGUUCGCAGAUCACGGGCCGACACGCAGGUCAUGGCCCAGCAGCGCACGACGGCCAACGACCCGAACUAUCUCGACACGUUCGGCAGCACGAGUCGCCUCGCGUUCAUUGGUGGCAAACGCGACGAAAUCUGGCAAGAGGUCUUCGACACGAAUGAACGCGAAGUGACGCCGCCUCGGCCGCCGACGAACGGCCGGCAGCGCGUCGUGUUCCACAUCGACAUGGACUGUUUUUUUGCCUGGGUCGCGAUCCUAGCCAACCCCUCGUUGCGCGGCAAGCCCGUCGCGGUGUGCCAUUCGUCGGGCCCGUCGUCGAACUCCGAGAUCUCGUCCUGCACGUAUGAAGCGCGCAAGUAUGGCGUGCACGCGGGCAUGUGGCUGCAGGAGGCUCGGAGAAAGUGCCCGUCGCUCGUCGCGGCCUGUGUGGAAAUCAAUCAGUGCGUCAAACGGGCACUACUGGCUCCGUCGAGCGGUGAGGAAUCGACACCGCCACGCCGUCGAGCAGGCGUCGCGUCGAUGGCGUGGAGAUCGACGCGACGAUUUAGCACACAGGUCACGGCGCCCUACGACUUCGAGGCCUACUCGUCGGCGGCCGUGCGGGCCCACUCCUGCGUGCUGGACGCGACGCCCCACGUCAAGGCCGUGUCCAUCGACGAGUGCUACGCCGACGUCACGCACCUGGUCCACGAGGCAUCUUCUUCCGAUGAAGAAGGGGCGCGCAUCGUCGCCGAGCGGCUGCGUUCGAAUAUUCUGGCGGCGACGGGCGGCUGCCCCGCGUCGAUCGGCUCCGCCGAGUCGUGUCUGCUGGCGCGCGUCGCCACGCGACUGGCCAAGCCGGACGGGCACCGCCAUUUGAGUCCGGAGGACGCGCGGUCGGAGCUCGCGCGACAACCGGUUGAUUCAUUACCGGGCGUCGGUCGGAAGACGAGAGAAAAAUUGGAGUCCAUCGGCGUCGAAACCUGCGACGACUUGUUACGGACGUCGGUGACGCGCGUCCGCGAGGCACUGGGCGGCACGAAACUCAUCGACGACCUCUACGCGAGCGCACGAGGUAUUGACCCGAAGCAGGAGACCUGGGAACGAAAACCGCGGCGGAGUGUCGGCGCCCAGUGCUCCUACGGGUUUAGAUGUGACGACGCCCAGCAGUUCGGCGACCUGGCCGCCAAGCUCACGCGCCAGGCCGUCGACCGGGCUGAAAAAUUAAAUGUGUUUCCGAAGGUCGUCAAAAUAGGACUGAAGGUCUGGGUCACGAAGGACGGGAAUAGUGGCGCGUGCAAGGGCGGCGUCGGGCACGGGCGCUGCGACGUGCUGUCGAGGACGCGGAACUGGCGGCCGAGUGCGGGGGACGUCGUCGAGGCCGUGCGGGCGUUUAUUAGUGACUUGCGCUUAGAUCCGCCCGGCGUGCGCGGCCUCGGCGUCUCGCUUAUAUUGGAUGAUGCGCCGGCGCCGCCGCGCGGCCAGCCGACGAUCCGGACGGCCUUCGCAAAAGCGCCGCGCGCGCAGCCGCGGGGCCCGCCGGUGCCCGCGCAACGGGCGGCCGCGCUGCCGCCCGCGCAACCGGCGCGCGCCGCGCGACCACCGCCCGCGCAACGGGCACCCGUCGCACGCACUGCCGCGCAACUAGCGCCCGCCGCGCGCGCGGCCGCGCAACGGGCGCUCGCCGCCGCCGCGCAACGGGCGCCUGCACAACGAGCACCCGCCCCGCGCGCCGUCGCGCAACCACCGCCCGUUGUACAACCGGCGCCCCGGAGCCGGGGCCUCGUCGUCGUCGCCGUCGGCCUGCCGGGCUCGGGCAAGUCGACCUUCUUCCGGCGCCACCUCGCGGCGCUCGGCCUCGAGCGGUGCUGCCAGGAUGUGCUGAAGCGCCGCGAGAAGGUCCAGGCGGCGGUGGAUGUCAUACUUCGGCGCGGGGGCGCGGCCUACGUGGACCGCACGAACUACAACGCGCCGCAGCGGGCGCACUGGGUCCAGCUCGCGCGGCGGCGAGGAGCGGCCGUCGUCGUGCUGCGGUUCCGCACCUCUACCGAUGUAUGCGCGCAGCGGUGCGCCGCGCGGCGGAACCACGAGGGCGGCCUCGACGCGCGGAACCCGGCGCAGUGCGCGCGCGUCGUGAACAUGCUCCAGGGCAAGUUCCGCGAGGUGGCCGCGGGCGAGGGCUUCGAUCGCGUGAUCGCCGCGGAGGACGCGGCGGCCGCCGUGGAAAGCCUGCGGCCGCUGCUGCCGCGCGCCGAGGCACCGGCGCCGCCGUCGAAGCGGGCGCGCGUCGAGCCGCCUCCUAGACCCAUCGCCGCGCCGGCGCCGGCCGAGAUCAUCGAGAUCGACGAUGCGGCCCCGCCGCCGGCACCGCCGCGCACCUCGGAGGGAUGGACCUGUCGGACGUGCACACGCACGCACACUUCUGCCAAGGAACGGUCCUUCCUCGCGUGCGCGGCGUGCGGCGCGACACGGCCUCCGGACGACGAUUAACUGUUGUAUGUGUAAGAAGAUUC